UGCCGCUUGUACCGUGAUAGUAUAGAAUCGUAGGAGUUUUAAGUUUUAGGUGUGUCUUUCUUAUUAUCGAACUAUAAUGUCUCGUGAAAUUUUGACUACAACCUCGUACGAAUACAUCGACAAUGUGAAGCAACGUCCUCACGUUUUGUGCGCUAGAUUUAGGUAACAUUUGUGCCGAAACAUAUGUAAAACGGUGUGAAAAAAAUCAUUUUAUGUUAUUCGGUGUAUCGUGUAUUAUACGAUAAGUAUUCUGGUUUGGUGUUGAAUUAAAAUGUGGAAUAUGAUGUGCGACGUGAUGCCUACGAUAGCUGAAGACAGUAUAAGUCAACGGAGUUCGCAGUUUUCCGGGGAGGAUGCGAAUUUCGAGCAACUCAUGGUGUCUAUGCUGGACGAGCGGGACAAGCUGGUCGAGAGCCUGCGGGAGAACCAGGAGCGGCUCGGGGACACGGAGCAGCGCCUCAAGGAGGUGGAGAAGGAGCGGGACUCGCUGCAUCGCCAGAUAGCGGCGAACUUACCUCAGGAAUUCGCGACCCUCACGAAGGAGCUCAACCAGGCGAGGGAGCAGCUCUUAGAAAGAGAAGAGGAAAUAUCAGAACUGAAAGCGGAAAGAAACAAUACCAGAUUACUCCUAGAACAUUUAGAAUGCCUAGUAUCAAGACACGAGCGCUCAUUGCGCAUGACCGUUGUAAAGCGGCAGGCGGCAGCGCAGUCCGGGGUCUCCUCAGAGGUGGAAGUGCUGAAGGCCCUAAAGAGUCUCUUCGAGCACCACAAGGCGCUGGACGAAAAGGUUCGAGAAAGAUUAAGAGUUGCGUUAGAAAGAAAUACAGCGUUAGAAGAAGAAUUGACCUUAACCAAAGAAGAAUUACAACAGUACAAAGCGUCUGGCACGCAAGACCCAGAGAAGCCAAAAGAAAAUGGCGCCGUUUCAACGGGCUCGCCCGAACAGAACGGCGAGCAGUUACAGCCUAAGGAACAAAGUAGUGUAAACGGCGAAUCGGAGAACAAGAAACUCACUGAGCUCCAAAACACAAUCGCUAAACAGUCAGCUGAGUUAAGCUCGUGGCAGCGCCGGGUCGCGGAGCUGAAUAAUAAAGUGACGGAAUUAGAGGAAAGACUUGGCAAGGGAGAGAAGGAGCUGGUCAAGAAGCAGGACGAAUGCGCCAAGUUACAGCGCGAUCUCAGGGAAAACGUCGCACAGAAGGAAGACCAGGAGGAGAGGAUAACAACCCUCGAGAAGAGGUACCUUAACGCGCAGAGAGAGUCAACGUCGCUGCACGACCUCAACGAGAAGCUCGAACAGGAGCUUCAGCACAAACAAGCACAACUCAAGCUCCAAGAAGAGAAGAUCGCCGCCAUCGAGGAGAAGCUUGAACUGUCCACGCAGAAGCUGGCCCAGAUGUCGUCGCUACCCGAGAUGGAAGAGCAGCUCAAGGCGAGGAUGGAAGCCCUCAACCAGGCGCAAGAGCGGCACGGUUCAGCGGAGGACCGGAUCCAGAGGCUAGAAGCCAGCGUGGAAGAGAAGAACGCGGAGUUGAUGCGGCUGAACCAACGGUUGCGGAUGAAUGAGGAACACAACACGAGGCUGUCUGCGACCGUUGACAAGCUUCUGUCUGAAUCCAAUGACAGGUUACAAGUGCACUUGAAAGAAAGAAUGCAUUCACUAGAUGAGAAGAACGCACUAACGCAAGAAUUGGAGAAGACGAGGAAGUACGCGGACGAACUGCUGUCAGAGAAGGCGGAAAUACUAAAGGAGCUGGCCAAGUGGAGAAUGGAAACUGAACAGCUGAAGCGGCAGAUGCUGCAGGCGGAGAUCGCGUUCAACAUCCAGCAGACGGACGCGCUCACCCGCUCGCUGUCGCCCGCCGCCGCGCCGCCGCCGCACGCGCCGCCCGGCGCACUGUUCCAGCCCAAGUUGGACGGCUCGUGGGAGAAGUUACAGCAAGCGCACGUGUUGGCCAACGUCCAACAAGCCUACGAUGUCGCCAGCGACGCGGAGAACGACGAGUCGGAGGGCGCGGAGGGGCACACGGACGCGGCGGCGCUGGCGCUGAUGCUACAGGAGCAACUCGACGCAAUCAACACGGAGAUCCGCCUCAUCCAGGAAGAGAAGCAGAGCACCGAGGCCCGGGCUGAGGAGCUGGAGUCCAGAGUGAGUAUUGUGGGCAGCUACGAGCAUAUGAACGUUGUUUCAAGACGCGGCGAGUCACCACCGCCCGCCGCGUCGCCAUCUCGCCCGAACCACCACAAAUAUCACACAUUACAGCUAUGUGAGGAUAUGUCGGGCGUUAUUCCGGGCGAGGGGGCGGAGUCCCCGGUCGGUAUGGGCGCUGGCGCCAGAGCUCUGCGGCUGGAGCGGGCGGCGAGAGCAUUACACGCGGAACGAGAUAGACUGAGAUCGCACUACCCCACGCCAUAUGACUCCUCGAGUCAAGAGUCGCUAGGCGGUGUAGCCAGCAAUACGGGCCCCAGCGGCGCAUGGGGCGGGGCUUCCCCGGGUCUGCCGCGCGGGGUGUCGUCCACUGCUUCGGCCGUGUCCAUAGCAUCCAUGCACCAGCAGAAGAAACGCGGAAUCAAGAGUUCCUUAGGUAGAUUCUUUAGCAAGAAGGAGAAGGCUGGUAUGCCGCUCCAACAAGGACAAAGUCCAAGGUCACUCGCAUCAGCAUCUUCAUUAGGUCUUUCCUCACUGGCGGAUGAAUCGACAGAUGGUCUCUCAUCACACAUGCAAGCUCCUUUACAGCACCAGGACUACGCUAGGACUAAGACCAAGGAACGGGAUUACCGACACGAGUUGCUCGGCGAGGCGAUGCGAGCUGGUACGCCCUUUGCGCUGUGGAACGGGCCAACCGUGGUGGCGUGGCUGGAACUGUGGGUCGGCAUGCCCGCGUGGUACGUCGCUGCGUGCCGUGCGAACGUCAAGUCUGGAGCUAUCAUGUCGGCGCUGUCGGAUCAGGAAAUCCAAAGAGAAAUUGGCAUCAGCAACCCGCUGCACCGGCUGAAGCUGCGGCUGGCGAUACAGGAGAUGGUGUCGCUGACGUCGCCGUCGGCGCCGCGCGGCACCGCGUGUGCGGCGCUCGCCUUCGGGGACAUGAACCACGAGUGGAUCGGCAACGUGUGGCUGCCCUCGCUGGGCUUACCGCAAUACAGAACCACGUUCAUGGAGUGCUUGGUGGACGCGCGGAUGUUGGAGCACCUCACCAAGAGAGACCUGCGGACGCAGCUGAAGAUGGUCGACAGUUUUCACAGGACGUCGCUGCACUUCGGCGUGGCGUGCCUGAAGCGGGUGGGCUACUCCGUGCGCGCGCUGGACGAGCGGCGCCGCGCGGCCGAGCUGUGCGUGCGCGACGUGCUGGUGUGGACCAACGAGCGCCUGCAGCGCUGGCUCGUCGCCAUCAACCUCAAGGAGUACGCGAACAACCUGUCGGAGAGCGGCGUGCACGGUGCACUCAUCGCGCUGGACGACAACUUCGACGCCAACAGCAUGGCGUUGGCGCUGCAGAUACCCACGCAGAACACACAGGCGCGACAAAUCCUCGAAGUGGAAUACAACAACCUCCUCGCAUCCGGCACGGAGCGGAAGCCGCGCGCGCCGCACGACCACGUGCCGCCCUCCUGACACCACACCAUCAACUAGGCGGCGCGCGCCGCUGACUGCUAGUACUAUGUGUUGGACGUUACAGCUUGUGUUACACGAAUGCGGUUCAUUUGUACCACGCGAUCCCGUCAGGACGUGCAGUGUUUGAUAAUACGAUUCCGAUUGUAGUGCCAAUUACUUUUAAUGGUAUAGGAAUACUAAAAUUUCUAAGUACCGUCGACGAACACUAAUUUUCCGUAAAAUAUUACAAUUUAUUGAUUCGCCAGGAUACUCUGAUGUAGAGUGACCUUGACCUUGUCAAAACUUGGUUUAGGAAUACUGAACAAAUACCGUCGUCGAUCCAAAAACAAUAUUCCAACAAUGCGAUAACGUUUGAUCAAGGACACUGAUGUAGAGUGACCUCGGGUGAUCGAAACCCAAGGUCAAAAAUGGUACGACGCGUAUUUUAUUGGUUUGGUAUUGUUUUGGUUUUCACCUUUUUUACCAUACCAACUACUGAGGAACUAUAGUCAGUAUAUUAUAUUCGAUUCUGUUAUAAAUACUGUUCUGUGCUUAUUGAUACGAUUACGAUUGUAGUGCCAAUUAAUAUUAUGGUAAUUUAAAAAUUCAUAUUGCCAUAGAUUCCAAAAACGAAUUCGUAAGAUAUAACAAAAAUACCUACAUCCAAUUCCCAAGGAAAUUUUUCCAUAUGUACUUCUAAUUCCCAUUAAUUUGGCCGUGAAAUGUAAACUUGGUGGUGUUUAUUUACACUACAAAAAGAAGAUCGGCAUAGUGAACUUCGUAGUCGAUUCCUAUAAAUAACUGUUGAUAUUCAGAAUCAUCAAAGUAUGUUCCUACUUUUUACCAAAAUUCUUAUAAUAACGUUUUUGAACAUUUGAAAUGAAUGAAAAAGUUAUAAUAAAUUGGUACUUCAAUAUGAAUCGUUCAUCACUUUAAUAUCUUAUCGAUUAAAUUGAAAAUGUUAGUUGAUUAUCUCUCAAUCUACAAGAAGAGUUCAAAUUAAUGCUAGCAUACAUUAUCAGAGUUCUGGUUGAACUCCAUUGUCUUUGUAAAUGUUACUUAACUAAAGUUUUCAACAAAAUUUGAAAGGAUAAUAUUCUUCUUCUUUGAAUUUUUUACCAUAGAGCAAGUUGAUUUUUUUUUUGCAAAUAAUUUAUCCUAAAUGAGUUUUACUGUUUUACAUAAGGGAAAAUGACGUCGCCUUGUAAUGAAAUUGUAAAUAAUUGGUUUUAUUUGUAUGUAAUUUAUUUAAAUUUACUAGACAUGUGUAUCAACAAAUAGGGAAAAGUGUACUACAAAAUAAUAUUCUCCUAAUGUAUGAAAAUUUUACUAUGGUCUAUGGUCUGAUCGUCUUUUAGUAAUAUGGCAACAUUCUUAGAACGGCGCCUAGCUAAUAAUCAGGGCCGCGACUAUCAAUGAGAUUUUAAUCGUAACCAAGCAUUAUAUGCAUUAUGUGAUAAUUGUGACAUAAAAAGAGAUAUAACAUGGCAUAACAUGGUCAACACACAAAAAACAACACUGUUUAAGUCAGCAGUUCCGGGUUAGAUUACCAUAAGAUAAGGGUAUAAGCUGAUAUACAUCUUACCACAUAACACGUUUCCAUCUAUAUUUUAGCUAAAAAUAUAAGAACUUUCACGAUUUGACGUCACAAAUAAAGUUACGAUUUGAAAAUCCCAGCGAUAAUUUUAUGUACGGUCUUUUGUAUGCAAAGACAAUAAAAAACAAGUUGCAAAUAAAAAAAUAUUUUUUUCUAGUCAAAUUCACCGGAAACGUCACAACUAAGUGUGUUGCCACAUUUUUAUAAAGAGAAAACGCGUUGUUAUUAUUACAAUAAUAAACUCUCAUCUGUGUAUAAUAAUUGAAU